AUGGUUCAAUCCGCCAUUCUCGGUUUCCCUCGCAUGGGAGUUAACCGUGACCUGAAGAAGGCUACUGAGGCUUACUGGGGCGGCAAGAUCUCUCAGGAUGAGCUCCUCACCGAGGCCAAGAGGCUCAGGCUCGCUCACUGGAAGAUCCAGAAGGACGCCGGUGUUGAUGUCAUCCCCUCCAACGACUUCGCUCUGUACGACCAGGUCCUCAGCCACAUCCAGGACUUCGGCGCUGUUCCCGAGCGAUAUGCCAGCUCCAAGCUGAACCGCGUCGAUGAAUACUUCGCCAUGGGUCGUGGCCACCAGAAGGAUGGUGUCGACGUGCCCUCCCUGGAGAUGGUCAAGUGGUUUGACUCCAACUACCACUAUGUCAAGCCCACCCUGCAGGACAACCAGACCUUCAAGCUCACUUCCGAGCCCAAGGCUGUUGCCGAGUACAAGGAGGCCAAGGCGGCUGGCAUCGAGACCCGCCCCGUCCUUGUCGGCCCCGUCUCUUUCCUGCACCUCGGCAAGGCCGACCGUGGUCAGUCUGUUGACCCCAUCGACCUCCUCGACAAGCUGGUCCCUGUCUACGAGGAGCUCCUCACCCAGCUGAAGCAGGCUGGUGCCUCCACUGUCCAGAUUGACGAGCCCAUCCUCGUCCUGGACCUGCCCUCCAAGGCCAAGGCCGCUUUCAAGCCCACAUACGAGAAGCUCGCCAGCCUCGGUGACAAGAUCCCCAAGCUUGUCUUCACCACCUACUUCGGUGACAUCGUCCACAACCUUGAGGCUGUGCCCAAGGAUGUCUACGCCGUUCACGUUGACCUUGUCCGCAACCCUGAGCAGCUCGAGAGUGUCAUCGGUGCUCUUGGCCCCAAGACCAUCCUGUCUGCCGGUGUGGUCGAUGGCCGUAACAUAUGGAAGACCAACUUCAAGCGGGCCAUCGAGACCGCCGAGGCUGCUACCCAGAAGCUUGGUGCUGACCGUGUGAUCGUCGCCACUUCUUCUUCCCUCCUCCACACUCCCCACACUCUUGCCAGCGAGAAGAAGCUCGACCCUGAGAUCGCCGACUGGUUCUCCUUCGCUUCCGAGAAGGCUGUCGAGGUCGCUGUCAUUGCCAAGGCCGUCACUGACGGCCCUGCUGCCGUCCGUGAGCAGCUCGAGGCCAACGCCAAGUCUAUCCAGGCUCGUGCCACCUCCAGCCGCACCAACGACCCCAAGGUCAAGGAGCGCCAGUCCAACAUCACCAAGGCUGACUACAACCGCAAGUCUGAGUUCACCGAGAGAAUCUCUCAGCAGCAGAAGAAGCUGAACCUGCCUCUGUUCCCCACCACCACCAUCGGCUCCUUCCCUCAGACCAAGGAGAUCCGUCUCAGCCGCAACAAGCUCACCAAGGGUGAGAUCACCGCUGCUGAGUACGACAAGUUCAUCGAGCAGGAGAUCGAGUCCAACGUCAAGAUCCAGGAGGAGCUUGGCCUCGAUGUCUUCGUCCACGGUGAGCCUGAGCGUAACGACAUGGUGCAGUUCUUUGGUGAGCGUCUGGACGGCUAUGCCUUCACCACCCACGCCUGGGUCCAGAGCUACGGAUCUCGUUGCGUCCGUCCCCCGAUCAUCGUCGGUGACAUCUCCCGUCCCGCUCCUAUGACUGUGAAGGAGUCCAAGUACGCUGUGUCCGUCUCCAACAAGCCCAUGAAGGGCAUGUUGACCGGUCCUGUCACCUGCCUCCGGUGGUCUUUCCCCCGUGACGACGUUCACCAGUCUGUCCAGGCCGAGCAGCUUGCUCUCGCCCUCCGUGACGAGGUCGUCGACCUCGAGAAGGCCGGCGUCGACGUCAUCCAGGUCGACGAGCCCGCCUUGCGUGAGGGUCUGCCCCUGCGCUCCGGCAAGGAGCGUGAGGCCUACCUGGACUGGGCCGUCAAGGCUUUCCGCCUGUCCACCACUGGUGUUGAGGACGCCACCCAGAUCCACUCUCACUUCUGUUACUCUGAGUUCCAGGACUUCUUCCACGCCAUUGCGGCUCUGGAUGCUGAUGUCCUGUCUAUCGAGAACAGCAAGUCUGACGCCAAGCUGCUCAAGGUCUUCGUCGACUCUGCCUACCCUCGCCACAUCGGACCUGGUGUCUACGACAUCCACUCCCCUCGUGUCCCCAGCGAGCAGGAGAUCAAGGACCGCAUCGAGGAGAUGCUCCAGUUCCUUAAGCCUGAGCAGCUUUGGAUCGACCCUGACUGUGGUCUGAAGACCCGUCAGUGGAAGGAGACCAAGGAGGCCCUGGCCAACAUGGUCAGCGCCGCCAAGUUCUUCCGCGCCAAGUACGCGAAAUAA